AUGAGAGGCUCGACAUGGAACGAUCUCAAAUCCCCUUACGACUUCGACUCUGUAAUGCAUUACGACGGAAAUAACUGUGGCCCUGGUUAUAUGACACACAAGGGCAGUAAUAAUGUCGUUUCGCCAAACAACCAUCGAAUGUCCACCCAAGAUGCUUUGGAGUUAAAUGCAUUCUACAACUGUCCGCUGCAAGAGACUCUGAACUGUCCGAAUUCCGCUAGUGAACACCGCGCUGUUUAUCUACGGACCAGGAAAUGUGACGGUGUCGCGGACUGCGAAGACGGCAGCGACGAAAGCGUGAGCGCAUGUUCUGAAGACUUGAAAUGUUCGACCGGAAUCUCUCUCGUUGGCAAUGAAUUUUACGCUAGAAUUGACAAAAGCGGUUCCUUUGAGAGGAUCAACGGUCACUUGUUCUAUCUGUCAAACGACGGGAAGCUGAAACUGUGCUACAGUAGAGUAAACCUCGCUGGACAAGGAAGAUGGAUCGUUCAAGAGAAUCUCCAGGGCUUCGAACACAGCUGCGAUGAGAACUGCGGAGCGAUUGCUUGGGCUAUGCAUACAGCCACGAGUGACUGUAUAACUGGGCUCGAGUUCCAAACAUUCACAAAUGGAGAAUGGGCGAUUCCGGGAACCUCUGAUUAUUCUGCUGUAGAAGCCGAGAGUAUCGUUUUAUCCUUGUCCUGCGCCUUUAACAGACACCCAACUAGCGACGAAUUUGAUCAUCCAAAAACUGCUGAUAACUUUCUCCAAGAACUCAAAGGGCAUCUCGUUUUCAAUCAGGUCUGCCAGUCUACUAGAAAGAAAUCACCGCUGCCUGCCAAGCCCCUGAUUGUCCACGGAGAAUUUUGCAUAGUCGCCGGACAUAUCGUGGAUCUCCUGAUUCAAAAAUGUGUUCAAUAA